AUGAUGAAUGUUUCCGCAAAGUACGCUGAGUCGGACCUGAUCACGCCCGAGCAGAGCAGAGAAAUAUCGAUGAUGGCGCUCCAGAAGGGAGCGGCCCUCCAGAGGCUGGUGAACGUGACCUCCAGGAACGGCUCGAGCGUCAAGGCGAUGAAGAACGCGCUGUUUAUGCUGAAGGUGUACGCCUUCGGAGACGAGCACCAGCCCACCAUCAACUCGAUGGAGCAGAAGGGAUCGUUCCGCUUCUCCCAGGUGCAGCUGAAGCUGCUUAGGCAGGAGCAGCUGAUGCUGCUUUCGGAGAACCAGAGGCUCGUCGACGAGCUCCAGAAGAUAAGGAAGAUGAACCUGUCGAGUUUGAGCGUGCCUGCUCCGAGGGCUCCGGAGAGCCACGGGGGCGCCAAGAACUCUAAGCUCGUGAAGUCGAUCGACAGGGCGCUCAUGGGCGACAACGAGGCGAACCUGGUGCGAAGCAAGCUGCUCUACCUGGUCGCAACGCUGGACAGGGUCAGGCAUCGCAAACUCGCCAGCGCCUUCCGAAGGAUCUCGCUGUGUGACAAGAGGGACAGCGUGGGCCAGACGAACUACGUGAACCCGCACAAGUACUACACACUGACCAAGAAGGCUGCCUGCGUGCUCCUGGAGAACGUGCUCAGGACCAGGGUCAGAGCCCAGAAGCACUCGGCGCUGAACACGAUCAGAAACUACUCCAAGUUCACCCCUCCCAAGGGCAACCUUCCACAGACGUCGCCCAAAAUAGACAAGGAGGUCAUGCUGAUAUCUGCCCACCAGGUGUAUCAGAAUCAGCUUCCAAGUGUGAGGAGGCACAUGAUGAAUUCAUGA